AUGCAGGCCAACCCGGCCGUUCUCGCGCUCUUCUUCGGCACGGUGCUUUGCGUGCUGGGCGCCAGCCUCAGCAAGGCCCUGAGGUACAAGCCGCCCGACGAGUGCCAGUGGCUCAUAGACGGCGGCGGCGGCGGCGGUGACGACGACGACGACGACGACGACAAGGUCGCGCUCGUCUGCAAGUUGCGCACCAUCAACAGCGAGCUGGAGAACACCAACUUCAGCUUGAUACAGCCGCAGCACACGGUCAGGCUGAGGCUCGAGUGCAGCGACGCACUGUUCUACCAGAGCUCCUUGAGCGCGGGCAGCUUUCGGCCGCUCGUCGAGCUGAGGGAGCUCGUCAUCGAGUACUGCAAGAUCGGCAACCUGUCGGACGACGCGUUCCGGGGGCUCAAGCAGCUGAGGAACCUGACGGUGCGCACCUACAACAGCGAAUGGUCGUCGAUGGCGCUAGAGGUGUCGCCGCGGGCAUUCACCGAGGAGCUCAGCCAGCUGGAGAAACUGGAUCUGGGCAACAACAACAUGUGGAGUCUGCCCGAGGGCUCGCUCUGCCCGCUGUUCAACCUGGAGGUGCUUAAUCUCACGAGAAAUCGGCUGAGGGAACUUGCCAGCUUCAAGUUCAAUCUGGGCAGCCGAUGCGCGGCAAAUCUGCGGAUAAUAGACCUCAGUAACAAUAGUAUCGAGUCUCUGCCAUCGGCGGUUUUCUCGGCACUCUCACGGCUGCACUCGCUCAACCUCAAGAGCAAUAACAUCGCAUUUAUAGCCGACCGUGCCUUCGAGGGCCUCGGCGCGUUAACGAGCAUCCAGCUCUCGAACAAUCGACUGGGGAGCUUGCCGCCGGACCUCUUUGCCGAGUCGCGGGACAUCAAGGAGAUACACCUGCGAAACAACACUCUGGCCGUGCUGCCGCCCGGACUGUUCAGCGAGCUCACGCAACUGCUUGUGCUCGACCUGUCGGCCAACGAAUUAUCCGCCGAGUGGAUCAACUCGGCCACGUUCACCGGCCUGGUGCGCCUCGUCGUGCUGGACUUGUCGGACAACCAAAUCAGCCGGCUAGAGUCUUCGGUCUUCCGUGACCUGUACAGCCUGCAGAUUCUCCGCCUGCAGGAGAACCUUAUCGACUAUCUGCAGGAGAAUACGUUCGGCGCGCUCUCCAAUCUGCAUACGCUGGUGCUGAGUGAUAACCGGCUGUCGACGAUCGACGCAACCACCUUCAGAGGUCUACACGUGCUGAGCCUGCUGUCGCUCGACAACAAUCGGCUGACUGAUUUACACCCGACCUCGCUGAAGAACGCCUCGUCUCUGCAGGAUCUGCAUUUAAAUGGGAAUCGACUGAUGGGCAUACCCGAGGCGUUGAAAGCGACGCCGUUGCUGCGGGCCCUUGACCUCGGCGAAAAUCUCAUCUCCGAGCUGCCCAAGGGUGCCUUCGAUCACAUGACUCAUCUCAGCGGGCUAAGGCUCAUCGACAACAACAUUGGCAAUCUGACCAAGGGCAUUUUCGAUAAGAUCAGGGAGCUCAACAUCUUGAAUUUAUCGGGCAAUCGGAUUCAGCGCAUCGAACCCGGCACCUUUGAUGAAAAUCUCAAGCUCCAGGCCAUUCGCCUCGACGGCAAUCAGCUGACGACAAUAAGCAACCUCUUUUCCAAUCUGCCCAACCUCGUCUGGCUCAACGUCAGCGAUAACAAGCUGCGGACUUUCGAUUACGCAAUGAUACCGACGGCCUUGCUGUGGCUCGACAUACACGCUAAUGAAAUCAGCGAGCUCGGCAAUUACUACGAAAUCGAGUCGCAGCUGCACCUCAACACUUUCGACGCGAGCGUGAACCGGCUGACCGAGAUCACCGGUAGCUCCAUACCCACCAGCGUCGAAAUGCUGUACUUGAAUGACAAUUUGAUAUCGCGAGUGCAGAGCUACGCCUUUUUCAAGAAGCCCAAUCUGACGCGCGUCGAUUUGAAAGGCAAUCGAAUACGCAGGAUAGAGCCGUACGCGCUGCGGAUAACGGAAGUGCCGAGCGACAAGCCUCUGCCCGAGUUCUACAUCGGCGACAACGACUACCUGUGCGACUGCACGAUGGAGUGGCUGCAGCGCGUCAACCGACAGAACCAGAAUCGCGUGCAGCCACGAGUCAUGGACCUCGAGAGCAUCUACUGCAAGCUGCUCUACGACCGCGAGCGGCUCUACGUGCCGCUGGUCGAGGCCUCGCACUCGCAGUUCCUCUGUAAAUACGACACGCACUGCUUCGCCAUCUGCCACUGCUGCGACUUCGACGCUUGCGACUGCGAGAUGACCUGCCCGACCAACUGCACCUGCUACCACGACCAGACCUGGACGGCCAACGUCGUGGACUGCGCGGCGGCCGGCCACGUGGCAAGACUGCCCGGCCAGAUCCCCAUGGACGCGACACACCUCUACCUGGACGGCAACGACUUGCGCUCCAUUGCUAGUCACGCCUUCAUCGGGCGCAAGAAGUUGAAGACUCUCUUCCUCAACGGCUCCAACGUCGAGCUCCUGCACAAUCGGUCGUUCAACGGACUGCGAAACCUCGAAGAGCUGCACCUCCAGGACAACGGUCUUCGGGAGCUGCGGGGUCACGAGUUCCUCGGCCUCGACGCCCUGCGAACCCUGCGCCUCGAACGCAACAAGCUCUGGACGAUCGCGAACGAGACCUUCCAGGCGCUUCCCGCGCUCGCGAGCUUGAGCCUGCAGAACAACCGCCUGACCACCCUGGCGGUCUGGACUUUGCCGGUCAGCAUCGAGGUCAAUUUCGCCGGCAAUCCGUGGACCUGCGACUGUGAAUUCGUGCGCGAGUACCGCGAGUGGUCGAGCAACCCGUCAGUGCGCGUCGUGGACUCGGCGGCGCUCAGGUGCGCCUACAACUCGUCGCUCGACGACGAAGCGGCCUUCGGAGACGGCAAUGACCUCGGCGACAGCGACGACGCUUACGGGUUCUCGCUGUCAAGCGGCAAAGCCGACCAAGUCAAUGGGUCGAUGUGCGCCGAGCUCGAGCCCAUCGGCGAGAGUAGCGGAGUGGCCGGCAACUUCACCAAAACCAUCAUCGAACGCCAAGCCCUCGAGGACUAUUUGCCGCUGCUCGUCAGCACUUUGGUAGCCUUUCUGCUGUUGCUGCUGAUCUGCAUGCUGGGCUUCCUUUUCCGGCACGAGGUGCGAGUUUGGUUCUACUCGCGCUUCGGCAUCCGGCUGUUCUACCGGCACGCCGACGUGGACCGCGACGACAGGGACAAGCUUUUCGACGCCUUCGUCAGCUACAGCUCCAAGGACGAGGCGUUCGUCGCGGAGGAGUUGGCCCCCGUACUCGAGAUGGGCAAUCCCUCGUACAAGCUGUGCCUGCACUACCGAGACUUUCCCGUUGGCAGCUUUAUCGCCGACACGAUCGUCCAGGCGGUCGAGUCGUCGCGGCGUACCAUCAUGGUGCUAUCGGACAACUUCAUCAAGAGCGAGUGGUGUCGCUUCGACUUCAAGUCGGCGCAUCAUCAAGUGCUGAGAGACAGGCGGCGCCGUCUGAUUCUCGUGCUGGUGGGCGAGGUGCCGCAGCGCGACCUCGACCCCGACAUCAGGCUCUAUCUCAAGACCAACACUUAUCUGCAGUGGGGUGACAAGCUGUUCUGGGAGAAGCUUCGCUUCGCCCUGCCCGACGUGCCCAACAAUCAGCGACAGCAGCGCAGGCAGCAACCGACGCCGGUGCGACGACAGCACAACAAUCACAUGGCCUCCCCCACCGAGAGGUCGCGAACGCUCGCCGUGCACAUCUAG